AUGUCUCUUAUCGACACCCCUCUCCGUACUUCCCUUACAUCCCAGUCCACUCAAAUCCGAGCCGACCUGAAGGCAUUUGAGCGCGACUUUUUCGCGACUCACGGCCGCAAACCGGGCAAAGACGACAUCAGGCAGAACCCUAAGGCCGCAGCUAAGUACAAAGAAUACAACAGAGUGCGCGAUGUCCUCAGUGGGAAAUUGCCGGCCUUGUCGCUUCAGGCGUCAUCUCCAUCACAAGAGCGAAAGCGAAAGAGAUCAAGGCACGAUGAGGGAAAGGACGAGGGCUUGGAGAUGCAGACGCCGAGAAAAUUGAAGAUGUUAUCGACACCACGGAAGGCCCUUGGUAUGCUCCAACCUCAUGAGCUCGACCCAUACGAUGCGCCCUCAUCGGCCUCUCCACGUCCACCGAUUACCGCACUAGGACCAACUCCACAAAGAGACGGUAGAGUAAUGGGCAUAUUUGACCUGCUUGAAGCAAGUGGUGGUAAAAUCGGAUCAAGUGGAAAAAAGCGAAGAUUGUCCAUACUGUUUGACAACGAUGUCGUAACGCAGAGCCCAGAAGGGCGACCCAAGACCGCAGAUAGAGAUCAGCCACUGGAGAACUUGCAGACGCCCGCUCGAAACAGGACAAAACAACCAGAUGAUGUGCUGGACCAUCUCACCGGCACUCCCACGACUAGUCGUCACCACGGUCGUGCGCGCACACCUGCUUCUUCGGCGAAAAAGUUCAGACUCAGUCAAUUCUUUGCCACGCCCUCAGCGGAACGUUAUGCCUCCAUGCUACAGGACACGGAUCCAGACAACUCGCCUCGAGCGCGAAUAGGGGCAACACCUGACGCGCAGCGGCGACAGUCCCAGGAGCAGGGCACUCCUUUGCUUGAUCGCGUCCUUGGGCGCACUCCAACCAAACGCACCCCAACAGCCGAUGCCCACAGCCAGCACGGAAACACGCAGGGAGAAGCAGAAGGCGAAAAGACGCCCGCAUAUCUGAAACGCAGCUACAGCUUCAAGCAACGACUACUGUCUGCGUCCACGACGCACUCGGCAAACCAUUCGCGGCACAAUAGCCUUGACGGGGCCGCUGGGGAGCCGCCGGCAGUGCAGAGGCUUCCUCCAGGCCGACGGAGAACGAGAUUCAAUCCGCGCCCCCUGAGCCAAAUCGCGAAGGAGAUGCAGCAACGCGAGGUUGAAAAGGAGCGGGCAAUGCAAGCCGCCGCCGUCGACUCCAGGGACGGCAGGGAGCGCAAUCAGAGUGAUGCGGAAGAUGGUUGGGACGAUGAUGAGAUGGAAGCUUUGAGGGAGAUUGAGGUCAACGACGAUCGCACGCUUCUCGAAGACAGCCAGCUUGCCGAUGCCGAGCAAGCGGCCAGGUCCGUGACGCAGCUGGCGACGACUAAAUGGAAGAAGAAGGGCCAAAAGCGGUCGACAAGAAGAGUCAUCAUGCGGCCUAGCAAGAUCAAAAUCCAGGAUCCGGAUCCGAAACGUCGCGCCGCGACGCCAGAAAGCGGCGGCGAUCAAGACCCCGACAUCGACUCCGACGGCGAGGCAGACGCAAGCGGCGCCCGCAUAGCUGAUACCCAGCUGCAUCACCCCAUCGACGGCUUCUCCGACGACGAACUACUUGCGCAGGCCUUUGCGGACAGCGACGAGGAGCUCUUCGGCGCGUCUAGUUCUGCUGCUGCUGCUGCUGCCGCAGCAGCAAAGACCAACAAGGGAAAUUCGUCACGCAAUUACGCCAAAGACAAACUGUUUGGCAAGCCCUCGAAAACAUCGAAGCGAGCCGCAGCAGGCAAAGAGACGAGCUGGAACCGAGGCGGCGAAGAGAGCGAUAGUGAUGACGGUGAACCCAUGCGCAAGAUCAAUCCGAAUGCGCAAAGCCACAUGAAUUUCAAGACGCUGAAGAUCAAGAAUAAGAACAGUAAGGCGAAGGGGAGGGGAAGGUUUGGUGGGAGGGGGAGGGGAAGACGCUGA